UGCGAAAUGGAGAUAGGAGCUACCGGUGAACACAGUCCUCUGUGUUUGAAGAAUUUGUUGCCAAAUCGAGCAGAAAUAUCGACAAACGAAACCAGCAACGUCGAUCACAGCCGACCGGGCGAGACCACAGCAGCCAACGUAUGAAAUGCAGCACUCGGUAGGAUGAUCAGUAAUCACGAAGAAGAUGAGUUUGUGGCAGUGCGGGUUCAAGAUCCCCGCAUUCAGAACGAAGGCUCCUGGAACUCCUAUGUGGAUUAUAAAAUAUUCCUGCAUACCAACAGUAAAGCCUUCACAGCCAAGACAUCCUGUGUGCGGCGGCGGUACAGUGAGUUUGUGUGGCUCAAGAAGAAGCUGCAGAAGAACGCCGGUUUGGUACCAGUCCCAGAUCUUCCAGGGAAAUCCUUCUUCUCCUUCAACAAUGAGGACUUUUUGGAGAAGAGAAGAAAGGGACUUCAGAUUUUCUUGGACAAAGUGGUGCACAUGACCGUCUGUCUGUCAGACAGCCAGCUCCACCUCUUUCUACAGACCCAGCUGCCAGUCGGUCACAUCCAGGACUGUGUCCAAGGCCACACCCCUUACUCCGUGACAGAUGCCAUCCUCACGUAUGCCUCGUCCAAUCAGGGACUAGCUCAGGCACAGGAGGACGAUUUGAUCAAGGAGCCAUGUUUGACCAUUUCUUACGAAUCAAUGGAAAGCCCGGCUCCUCAUCAACCUUGCCAACAACCUAAUGAGACCAUCAGCCCGGAGCUCGUCUCAUGUGGUGACGCUGACCCUCUAGAAGGUUUACUGGAGGUCCAUGAUCAGGACCAUAGGAAGAAAUGCUCAGUAAGGAUUUCCCAGAAGAGCAACCAUCUUGAGGCCGUUCUUGAAACGGUUCUUGAGGACAGCGGCCCAUCAGAGGCAACCUUUUAUCUGGGGGACAGUCCAGAGAGUCUUAGCUCUGCUGAGCAGAUCCAGCAGAGGUUACAGACUCCGGUGGAGGUGCACACGUUCACGGGGAUCGGCUUUGAGGACAGUGUGAUCGAUGGGAAGAUUGUUUUACCUCCAGGUGAAGAAGAAAAGGUGGAGCUGCAGGAGAGUAAUGAGGAUGCUCAUGAAGGAAAAGUCAACUGUGAGCCUGAAAAAUGUGAUGAUUCUGAGAAGAUUUUAGAUUUUAAGGAAAAUAACUGUGAUGAACACAUUUUAGGAAGUGAUGCCAGAUCUCAGGAAGCUAUGGAAAACAUCUGUACCGAGAAUCCCGUCAUCUCUGAGGUUAAUGAGGUUCAUGUUCUAGAAGUCAACGCAGACGACCAAAAAGGCAACAAAGCAGGAGGUAACGAGGAAACACUGCUCGAAUCAGAAAUCAGUGACGAGGCCCACAUGUUGAACGGUGUAUCUGCGGUGGUACAGGAUGGUGAUGACACACAGGAAGUGGAUUUUGCUGGCAACAAAGAUGAAAGCGACGAGUGCGACACGGUCAGCUCCUCUCUGCCAUCUUCCAACGACAGCAUCGUGAAGGUCAGUGAUGAGGAAAGCGUUUGUGAGGAGGCAGACGACUCGAUCCAGGUUGCAAACGACUUUGUGAAGACUCCUCCUGAAGACGCCACUCGCUGGUCAGAUGUGGAGGCAUCCAGCAGGAACAUCAUGGACCUGCAGGUGAACGGAUAUCCUGAUGAAAAACUGCACCUUUCUGCCCAGGAGGAUGAGGACCUGCAAUACACCCUCAGUGACCUGAGUAAAUCUGCAGACCUUAACUCUGCUGUAACUGCAGGAUAUCUGACUGAAAAUGGAGACUUUAGUAUCUUAGCAACCAGCCACGCUCGUGGAUUGGGUGACGGUAGAUGUACCGAGGAGGAAGCCACGCUCUCACCUUCAGAGGAGACUCAGGAGGUGGAGGUGCAUUAGUUAAGUCUUCCUCUAAUAUAGAUCCACUGAAUCAAACGCUCGGUUCCAAACUCUGCCCAUCGUACACAGCGUCUUCAUAUCGUCAGGGUUACGAGACACACCUCACACUCUCAGUCAUGUAGGUAUAACACUUCCAAAACAGCAUGAAUCUAACAUUAGAAUUUCUCUGUUAUGUACCAGAUCUGAUUUCCCUCCUGACUGCUUCACUUCUCCAUUUGGCUUCAGUGAACAGCAGAAGGUGCUCGAGUUAAGUUUAGGUUCAUACUCUGAGGCCUUUCAGUAAGGAAACAGCUGGGGCUGAAUUUAGGCAAAAAUAUCCACCUAAAUUAAAGGAUAAGUUCACAUUCCUUUGUGUUUGUAUUGAAACUUAGUGAAAUUUGUGGUUCCUGUUCAUACUGACCAUCAAGAGACGUUUUCCUGAUUUAAUUAAAGAAAAAAACAACCAAAAA